AUUAUUCUUUUUUAAAAGAUAUACUUUUUCUAAAUACUUCAAACACAUGGUUGUACACACAGUUUUAUGACAUUGACCUACCAUUAAAGUUGGAAAAAUGAGGCUAAUGCUCAACUUUUUGGACGCCUUGCGCAAAGUACGACUCAAGCUGUCGAUGGACACGUUUGGGAACAACAAUACCGCCAUUCAUAACCUGCCCUCUGGCAAAUCCGUUGCAAAAUCACCUUCCAAUCCAAGAAUUACCAUCGGUGAAGAAUCUGGGAGAAGGGUAAGCUGUUACUCUGGUACGCCAAGCGAAUGGGGCUGGACUCAGAGAUCUCAGUUGGAAGUCGAUAAAAGGGCCCCAGAAGAAAGAGAACCGAUGUGGCACAACAUCAGAAAGGUCCUGCUCAUGUGCGGAGGACAAAAGCUUCCAGAUGGCAUCGAGGUGACGCGAAGGGCGAAGGACGCCAGCCGGCUGGUGGAUGUCCUAGAGGCCCAGCGUUUCGUUAGCCAGGUUUUUGCCGCCAUGGACGUGCCGAAACAGGCGGCCAGCGAAAUGGCCGACGUCCUGAUUGCCGCCGAUUACAUGGGCCACCGCUCCAUGGGCAUCCACCGAUUGCCGGCUAUAGCCGCUGAUCUUUUGAAUGGCACAGUCGUGGGCACGGCCACGCCCUCCAUUAUGUCCGAAUUGGAGGCUAUUGGCCUGGUGGAUGGCCACAAUGCACCUGGGCCCGUGGUGGCAAAUUUUUGCAUGGACUUGGCUAUCCAAAAGGCCAGAGAGGUGGGAAUCGGCUGGGUCUCGGCCUGUCAUUCGAACUGCAUUGGAAUGGCAUGCUGGUAUGCCUGUCAGGCUUUGGAGCAACGUAUGAUUGGAUUGUGCAUGACAAAUGGGCCCCCCACCUUGGUGCCUUGUGGCGGCGUUGAGCCAAUUCUGGGCGAGAAUCCAAUAGCCUGUGCUGCUUCGGGAGCCCACGAACAGUUUCUGGCUGACUUUGGAAUGGGAGCCUGUUCGGUUGAGGAACUGGAGCUAUCGUACUGCAAUGGCUGGUCCAAGCAGGUGCCCAAGCAGGUGGCUCUGGACAGCGAAGGUCAAGAAACCACAUCCACGGCUGAGGCUCUGAAGGCCCAGCGAAUCCGAGCCUUUCAUCCGGAACACAAGGGCUUCGGCCUGGCUGGCAUGGUGGAUAUCCUGUGCGGGGUUAUGACAGGGGCACGGUAUGCCAACUUAAUUCAGAGACGUGGAGUUUUCAGUGCCGACAACGCUCCGGCCGACUUGGGCCAAGUCUUCAUAGCCAUUGACCCGAUGCGCUUUUGUUCGAACUUCGAGGAUCGACUGGGGGACUUUCACCGCGUCUUACGAAGAGUGACUCCCAAUAAAGCCGGAAAUCCAGUUCUAGUCCCAGGGGACAAGGAGAUGCAACACAUGGAAAUGGUUGAUGAUCAGGGGGGCUUCACAAUGACGCCCUGCACCUUGAGUGUCCUUGGCGAGUUGGCUGAAAAGUUUCAAAUAGCACCCUUGAAAAUGAAAGGGAUAUCUCAGCUGCGACCGUUUGCCUCAAAAAAAGCAAAUAAUCACGAAGAAUUACAAAUGGUUUAGUAAAAAAAAA